AUGGCCGAACAACCUACCAAAGCCGAUAUUAAUGCGAUUUUCAAGCGUUUACGGUCUAUUCCUACGAAUAAGACAUGUUUUGAUUGUAACAAUAAUAAUCCUACAUGGGCAACGGUAACCUAUGGUGUAUUUCUAUGUAUCGAUUGUUCAGCUACACACAGAUCCUUGGGAGUUCAUGUGACAUUUAUCAGAUCAACCCAGUUAGAUACUAGCUGGACAUGGCUACAAUUACGUGCCAUGCAAGUUGGAGGAAAUGCAAAUGCUCUUGCUUUCUUCCGCCAACAUGGUUGUACAUCUUCAGAUGCCCAACAGAAAUACAACAGUAGAGCUGCUGUAUUAUAUAAAGAAAAAUUAUUAGGUCUAGCUCAGCAAGCAGUUCGGAAUUAUGGCACAAAGCUGCAUAUUGAUGGAGGACAUCAUGAAACUACACCAGUUAAGAAAGAAGUAGAUUUUUUUAAUGAACAUACUCAAGAAGAGGAAGAUUGGGCACGUAAUAAUGUGAUAUCUGAUACAGCUAGAUUAGGUAGUACUGCUCCACAACCUAUUAAUAAUGGUAAUGAUUUUGAUCCAAAUGAAGGACCUAAUGUAGAAGCAGCACUUAGUAUGUCACCAACUCAGGCCACAGCUGUUGCAGAACCCAGGAAAUCUCUUAUAGGUGCCAAAAAAACUAAAGGCAGUGCAACAAAGAAAGGAGUAAGGUUUGGAGCUCAGAAAGUAAAAACAAAUUUUAAUGAUAUAGAAAGUAGAGCUAACCAAUUAGAUAAAGAAAGGGAAGAACUCAAUAAAAAUAUAGCUAUACAAGAGGCUAAAACAAUAGAGGAUCAAGAAAAACAGAUGGCUUCCAUGAAAUUAGCAUACAAAAGUAUGGAUGCUCAAAGACAGAAACAGGAGGCCAAAUUAAAAGCAGAAGAUCCGAAGAAAGCUGAACAGUUUGAAAGAUUGGGUAUGGGUUAUGCUGGCAGCAGAGGUAUGAGUCAUUCAGCUAUAUCUGAUAUGCAGACAAUAGAACAAACCAGUCCUGAUAAAGGUAAUAGAUAUGACCGAGGCUCCAAAUCAAGUCGUAACAGAGAUUUUUUUGAAGAUGAAUUUGAAAAUUUAGGUUUUUCCAGUAGUUCAAGUUGGGGCAAUCAGAAUAAAGCGGGAUCAUGGGAUAUUGAUAGAUUUGAUAGUAAAAAUGAUAGUAAAUCUGAAAGUAUCUUAUCUAAAGAUAAUGAUAGACCUAGUCGCAGUCGUAAAAACUAUGAAAAUGAUAAUUCAAGUAAUUCUGGUGAAGCUGUGAGUAAAUUUGCUAAUGCUAAGGCUAUAUCAUCUGACAUGAUGUUUGGUACUAGAGAUACUGAUGUAAGUAUAUUUGAAACUAGACAAACAUUAACUAGAUUAGAAGGUAAAUCUAGUAUAUCUAGUGAUGAUUUUUUUAAUGGUGGAAACAGUAGAUCACGACAAUCCCGCAGUAAUUAUGACAACACGCCAGAUUUACAAGAUAUUAAAGAUGGAGUGCGCGAAGGUGUCACAAAAGUAGCUGGCAAAUUAUCUAGUUUAGCUAAUGGUGUAAUGUCUUCGCUACAGGUUUGUUUCUCUUUGUAUUUGAUAUAUUUGAGGGAUAAGCUACCUAUACCUAUAUUUCUAGUUUCAUAUCACAUUUUAAAAAUCAACAUAAGUAGGUGUAACAUUUUUAAGAGAGUGUUUCCUAUUCAAAAUCACAUUUCCUAUUAG